CGCGGCCACAGUCUGCCACAGUAACCGAGCCAUGGCUCGAGCCGGCGGGCGGCACGGCCAGGCAGCGGGCGCGGCAGGCGAGCGGGCCGCAGCAGGGGAGCCGGGGGCAGCGGGAUUCUAGGAAGGAGAGGGGCGAGAGGGGCUGGGCCGGGCGCGCGUGGGGCACCCGCGCUCUCCCAACAGCGCGGAUCCUUUUUGGAAAUUAAUAUUAAAAAAAGGAAAAAAAAAAAAAAAACAACCGGAGGGAAGGUGGGAGCCGGAGAGGAGGCGAGCCACGCAGACACACACACGCACGCUCCAGAGCGAGAGCCGAGCAUCCCGACCGGGAGAGGACGAGCAGGCCCCGGUCGCCGGCGGCGGCCCACGCGAAGCCCGGACCCCGCGCGCCCCUCGCCGCCUCUGCCCGGCCACAUCGAUGAGGCAGCCCGCUCGCCCGCAGCACAAUGAACGCGCAGCUGAGCAUGGAGGCGAUCGGCGAGCUGCACGGGGUGAGCCAUGAGCCGGUGCCCGCCCCCGCCGACCUGCUGGGCGGCAGCCCGCACUCGCGCGGCUCCGUGGGGCACCGCGGCGGCGGCCACCUGCCCCCCGCGCACCCGCGCGCCAUGGGCAUGGCGUCCCUGCUGGACGGCGGCGGCGGCGGCGGAGGCGGCGACUACCACCACCACCACCGAGCCCCCGAGCACAGCCUGGCCGGCCCCCUGCACCCCACCAUGACCAUGGCCUGUGAGACUCCCCCAGGUAUGAGCAUGCCCACCACCUACACCACCUUGACCCCUCUGCAGCCGCUGCCGCCCAUCUCCACGGUGUCCGACAAGUUCCCCCACCACCAUCACCACCACCACCACCACCACCACCCGCACCACCACCAGCGCCUGGCGGGCAACGUGAGCGGGAGUUUCACGCUCAUGCGGGACGAGCGCGGGCUGGCGUCCAUGAAUAACCUCUACACCCCCUACCACAAGGACGUGGCUGGCAUGGGCCAGAGCCUCUCGCCCCUCUCUGGCUCCGGUCUGGGCAGCAUCCACAACUCCCAGCAAGGGCUUCCCCACUAUGCCCACCCCGGCGCGGCUAUGCCCACCGACAAGAUGCUCACCCCCAACGGCUUUGAAGCCCACCACCCUGCCAUCCUCGGUCGCCACGGGGAACAGCACCUCACGCCCACCUCCGCCGGCAUGGUGCCCAUCAACGGCCUUCCUCCUCACCAUCCCCAUGCCCACCUGAACGCCCAGGGCCACGGACAGCUCCUGGGCACGGCCCGGGAGCCCAACCCUUCGGUGACCGGCGCGCAGGUCAGCAAUGGAAGUAAUUCAGGGCAGAUGGAGGAGAUCAAUACCAAAGAGGUGGCGCAGCGCAUCACCACCGAGCUCAAGCGUUACAGCAUCCCGCAGGCCAUCUUCGCGCAGAGGGUGCUCUGCCGUUCCCAGGGGACCCUCUCGGACCUGCUGCGAAACCCCAAGCCCUGGAGCAAACUCAAGUCCGGCCGGGAGACAUUCCGGAGGAUGUGGAAGUGGCUGCAGGAGCCGGAGUUCCAGCGCAUGUCUGCGCUCCGCUUGGCAGAAAGCGGCAUGGGUGGCAGUGUGCCUUCUCUGAGGAUCACAUCUGGAGGCCCCCAACUGUCUGUUCCUCACUUACCUGCCUGCAAAAGGAAAGAGCAAGAACAUGGGAAGGAUAGAGGCAACACCCCCAAAAAGCCCAGGCUGGUCUUCACAGAUGUCCAACGUCGAACUCUACACGCAAUAUUCAAGGAAAAUAAGCGUCCCUCCAAAGAAUUACAAAUCACCAUUUCCCAGCAGCUGGGGUUAGAGCUGAGUACUGUCAGCAACUUCUUCAUGAACGCCAGGAGGAGGAGUCUGGACAAGUGGCAGGACGAGGGGAGCUCCAGUUCAGGCAAUUCGUCAUCUUCAUCAAGCACCUGUACCAAAGCAUGAAGGAAGAACCAUGGACUGGAACCUCGGUGGAAAAGCUUUAAAUUUAAUUUAAGAAAUUUUUUUCUAAAGACCAGGACCUCAAGAUAGCAGGUUUAUACUUAGAAAUAUUUGAAGAAAAAAAAAAGUGGUAUUUAUAGUCCAAAGAAACCAAAGACUGAAGCUCACCUGCAUUCUGACUUUGUUCAGAGACACAUACAUCAGCGGGGCAAGACUUGGCAAGAAAAAUGAUGAGGAAAACAGCGGAUCUCAUGCCUUCAACAGCGGAUCUCACGCCUUCAACCCCCAUGCCUCACUGUGCUCCGUGGCUCGAAGCACAGGAACGUUUGAGCCAUCGAGUGGACAUCUUUUAACAUCAGACAUGCUCAUCUGUUCCGCCACACCACAGAGGUGCACAGUGUCUCCAUGUCUGUCACGUGUGGGGGUGUGUGCAUGUACACACACACACACACACACACACACACACACACACACAUACAUACCCCACCACCAGUGGUUAGGGACUCAGGCAGGGAUGGUCUUCAGGAAGGGUUGCACGGUAGGAAUGUGACCGACGCGGUGUGGGAUUUCUAAGUUCGUUGGAUCUGAGGGGUGAUUUCUCUCAUCUAGCCUAGCGUUUGAACCUGCCAGGCCCACAACCUAAAUGCAGAUUCAAACCCAGCAAAGAAAAUUUGAAUGGCGCCUAACCCAGUGCACUCUCUUUGUUUGUUAAGAAAUGUUCAGAUAUUUUUAAAGAAAAAAAAAUGAAACAAGAGUCCAUCCAUUAAAAAAAAAAAAAAAAUCACCUAGGUACCAAAGAACACACAAUAUUAUAGUGCAGGUAUUUUAUUGCAAUGAUUUUAAUAACCAAAGCUAUUUUUACACAAGAUACUAUGUAAAGUUAUACGUAUGAACUGAUCUAGCCGUAAUCCACAUGCCACGUAGGUUCAGGACUAUUCUUUAUGACUCUUGAAGCAUUUGAAAUAUGAGUUUUCAGAACUGGCAAGGAAGAAUGUAGCUUCAGGGAAGCAGCUACCACCAUGGCAAAGAGGUCGGUGCGAUGCACUUGGGAUCAUAAAUGUCACUUACAUGGAGAAGAGACAUAAUGCAGAAUCUACUCAUACCCAAGAAGAUACGAGGACCCUUUCAGAGCUAGUCCCCACAUAAACACAGAAAACUAAGCUUAAUGGAACAGAUAACUAAAUUUAAAAAAAAUUGUCCAGAGUGAUCAUUUUUAGUAACCGAUACCCCCCCAUAAAAAAAAGACUCAGACUAAUUUUGCUCAAAUUUACUUUAUGCACUUGGCACCAAAUAUCUUUUAAAAAUUUCUUUCCCAACACUAAAGAGGAAAGCAGGCUAAUAUUAACCACAAUUAGUUAUCCCAUAUUUUGUAAGCAUCCUAAAAAACAAUCGGAGCUGACUUAUUGCUGAUUUCAGACAUUUUACAGUGUAGACAUUGGGAAAAUAGCAGGUAGAACAAUAGAAUUGCAUAGAAAAACCCAGAGUUCCAGUCUCACACAAGACUUUUGGUUCUUUCAGAAUCUAACAACUCAUUUUACUAUCAUAGCCUCUAAAGCAUGUUAUGUUUCUUCUUGCCAUAAACAAACCUGGAAAUUUUAUCACAUGGCUUCUACUCUCUCACAGGGACAGACUAAAAAUGAGACCCGAGCUUCCUAAUGAAAGCUUUAAAUUUUGACUUUCCCCAAACCAUUUAACUGGGACUGCGCAGACCAACGCAGGAAAAGAAAACAAAGUUCUAGAAACCAUUUGACUCCCAGAAACACUCUGUCUGAACUCAGUUGAACUACAACUGAUGUGAACAGUCAAGAGUGGGGUACCCUCAGUUGCUAUCACACCUUGCUAGAAACAUAACACCGAAAGCUGUCUUGAUCCACUGAAAUGCCAAAUGAACAAAAUUUAAAAUUUGUAACACAAAAUUUGGGGGUUGGGUCUCAGGACCCCGAGAGGAGCCUAAGCUGACUAAAUGAACCAUCUGUCUCCUUCCUGUUUACUGUCGAUGGAGCGAAGGAGACCAGCCUAGGCCUUGACGUGUUUUGUCUUAGCAUUUUCCAAAGUUCACCCAUAAUUCCAACUUUAAAACAUUUUCCUUCUAAAUAUGGCACAAUUCUGGUUCAAUCAGGAAGAACCAGUAGAUCAGCGCCCUUUGAAAUUUGCUCUAGUUUUCAGUAUUGUAAACAAAAAGAAAAAACAGAAACCUAUUUUCUCUCUUCAUAGUGGAGGGAGCUGGGGGGCACAGGUGCAUUUAUGCUAGAAGGGGGAUAGCCUUAUUUGCUAAAAGUUCAGGGGAAACCCAGCCGUGUCUACAACAAUCUUACCAACUUUCAAUACUCUAGAAAAGAAAAAAAAAAAUGGAUUCAGUCAAUUGUCUUGACUUUGCUUUUACCACGUUCCUUUCAUGAUUAACCCAACUGCAUUUUGCAUUCUUUCAAGCCAAUCAUUUUGGUACCCUAAAGACACAGUCUUCAAAAAAUAUGACUACACCUUAAAAAUCCCACCAUGACAGUUUUCCGAGAAAUAACCAGUUACCCUACUUGCUGACACCAAAGAUAAUUUCAUACCAGCGUUAAAUUUGCACCCAUUACACAAUUUCAGGGCCUAGAGAUAUAUUUUCUCAUAAACAGAGGCACAAGUCAGAGCCUGAAAAGCAAUUUUCUUACUUGACUGAGCAUACUCCAAACUUUUGCUUCUUAGAAAUCAGAGCAGGCAGACUCAGCUUUUCAUAAGCAAUACCUUCUCACACCCUGUAGGAACACUCUAUUCUUUUCUUUUCUUUUUCUUUUUCUUUUUUUGCCUUUGGAACCAGCAUUCAGAGAACAUGCUUCCAUUUCUGUUCAUGUAGCACUAACCAAUGGCUCCCCUCACGCUCUGCAGAGCAGAUUGCAUCUCGUUGGUCAUUUCUCAGUCAUUUUGCACCAUUCACUCCAAGAGUUUAUUUCUUAUCACUAUGCACAUUACAAACAAAACCAGAAUUAAAUACUUUCUUUCCUUUCCUUUUCUUUCCUUUCCCUUUCUUUUCUUUCUUUCUUUCCUUCUUUCUUUCUUUCUUUCUUUCUUCUUUCUUUCUUUUUUUUUCUCUCUUUUUUUUUUUUCCUAGAAUGGUUUUGGCCAUAAGUCAUUCAGGUCUUCAAGUAACUGGAAGCUUUUGCUGAAAGCCAUCCAGGUUGUUUGGAGUCUGGAGACUGUAAAACUCAGAUUUCAGUAACUAUCCAGAUAGAAGAAUUCUGGACUAAGGACUCCCAUCCCGGGGCACCUUGGGUAUUGAUUCCAAAGACCAAAGAAAACGCAUGGAGAGACCCACAAGUUCUGAUGGAACUUGACACUCACCAUGCCCCUCAGUCCCUCAGAAAAACAUAAUUAUUUUUCCAGAACAAUAUAAAAGUGCUUGCUAUAUUUGGCCCCAUCCCACCCCCAUUACUACCCCAGGUGAACGACCUGUCUUUGCAGGUUAAAUGCAACUUUGCUAUACCAAAGAGUCUAAGGACAUUUUCCCCUAUGCUCUGUCGUCCCUCCUUUGUACAUACAGGAUGAAACUAUGCAUUCAGCAAACAAAGAGAAAGCACUUCUCCCUUUUCUAUCUAGUUGUUUAGGGUGCAUUCAAAUACCAGAGGCUGUUUGGGGGGUGCACUUGGCCUUCUGGGUUAUAACUGUGGUGUGGGUUUGCUUUACAGUGCAUUUGGUAACUACUUCCCAAAUAGUGUGGACAAAGAAGCAGAAGGUAAGAAAUAGCUACUUCCAUGUGUUUAAAAACAAAAACAAAAACAAAAAAAAACAAAAAAAAGGAAAAAAAAAAGAAAAAAGAAAAAAAAAGAUCUACUAUUUAUAGUGUGAACCAAAGACGCUACCUCACUCAAUUUCCAUCGGUGAUUUUAAUCACAUUGAUAUACCAAAGAAUACCAAAGAUAUUUUCAUGCACGGCCGUGGUCUGCAGAAGGAACUCCACCCUCUCCCCUCCCCACCUUCUCCCUCUUCACUCAGUGUGUAAAGUUGUCUUCAUUCUUAAUAACAAUACGAUACCGAUAACAACAACAUUAGGAACGCCUACUCUUACUACUGCUACUUCUUGUAAAUCUCUAGGCAAACACGUUGCAAAGUUUGUAAACUCCUAGGACGAGUGCCUUGCUUGAACCAAAGUGUUAAACCGCUGUUAACCUCUCUCUCCUUAUACUCUUUGAAUACCUCAGCCUCUUAGAAAGGCCACUAAUGAAAAAAAAAAAAAAAAAAAGGAAUAAUUAUUCACCGUGGUGCUUUUUCUGCGCAACCAUGCAAUGAAACUUUCUUUGAUACCAAAGGAUGACUUCCCCCACCCCCAAUUUUUGCUGGUAAACCAAAGCUCCUCCUCUUAUUCCCUCCAGAGUCCCUCUCCACCCUUCAUGGAGUCCCUUCCCCAGGCAGGCCGUGUGUCACUUUUACCAAUUCCUCCAAAUACCUCAUAGUAAUAAAGUUUUAGGGUUAUGUUGUAUAGAGAGUCUAUGUGAUAAGGCAGAACUUACUAGUUUGUUAAUUGUUAAGGUUACUUUAAAGAAAAAAAAACUUUAUAAUUCUUAUUUAUUUUGUAGCUGUGUGUUUGGGUGUUCUCUUCCCUCCCUCCUUUGGUUUGGGGUUUGUUUUAUUGGCUGAAAUGCUCAGUUGCUCAAGGAAGAGUUAAUUUCGGGGAAUGUUCCUCACAUGGGUUAAAAGUUAAGAGCUGUGUAAAACUGCAAGGAUGAAAUAAGAACUGAUUUUCAUUUUGAUGGUUACUUACGAAAGUUUUGUGUUUCGUAGAAAAUUUGUUUCUACAGGGUAAAAAAAAAUGAUAUAUAUAUAUAUAUAUAUAUAAUCUUUUUGUGAAACUGGUUCCUAUUUUUCUCUAUAAUGUGCUGUGAUUUGCUUUAAUUUAAUUACGUUUUAUAUGAACUUAUUUAAUCACUUUGUUAAUUUAUGACUGUGUAGUUUUUACAGUGUAUAUAGUACAAUUGAAAUGGCCAAAACUUUAUGUUACAAUCUCUUUCGUUCUCGAUGCUAAGCCGAAGGUGAGAGCCCUUCUUGCCUUCAGGGUGUAGUCUUUAGUUUGUUCUUAGUGGGCACAUCUGCACGUGCUGUGAACACUGCCAGCUCCCCCUCAAAAACUUGUACAUGCCAAUUGAGUUUCCCAAGGUAGAGAGACAGAAGGCAUUACCUGUGGUGUUCCAUUAUUAUUAUUAUUAUUAUUACUACUACUAUUAUUAUUAUUUUGGUUUUUUUAGAAAAAAAAAAAAAACAUUACUUUGCUGGUAAGCCCUGAAAUUUCAAAGGGUUUGAGACCUUUCCCAAUAUCUCACAGCACCUGUGUUUGCGGGAUUCUUUGUUCCACCACUGAUUUUGUUUGCUUGUUUUAACUUUCCAAACAUGUGUGUAAGAAGUCAAAGUAUAAAAACCCAAAGAGGCAAGCUAACUUGAAUCUGGAAACCCUCCCACCUGCCCUUGUUUCUGCACUUCUAGUAGAAGGCAGCCUUUCCAAGCUGUCUUUGAGAGAAGGAAAGGGCUUGGGGGCCCACCAACUCCCAGAGGCCUAGGCAAGAAGCAAAACAAAUUCAGUUAGCUCAAUGAUAAGCUCCCCAUGGCUGCCCCAUUCUGGCCUUCUCCCCUGGACCUUACCCAAAUGGGAAGGAGAGCACAUACCCAGAGCUAUUUGAAAUUGUGUCCUCUCACUCUCCAUCUCACAGACAAGAGUCUUGGCCAGGCCCCUUAGCCACGGCAGGCCUGGUCCUUGAUCAGCACACACAGAACCCUCAAGGACCAGGGCCACCGUCACAGAAGCCACGACUCCACUUCACUGACCUGAGCUGUGUAGACUCAAUGGCGAUGAUGUAGGCGCCAUCUCUCUCAACACAGGCUGUUGAUCUUUUCUUCUGCAGGCGUGUUUGGGGUGGAGAAGGAGAGAGGAGGGUGUAGAUUUUGAGUCAAGAGGUACAUUUUUAUACCGAUUGUGUAUGUGAAUAGGGUGAUAUGUCUGCUCUGAGCCCUGGGGGUUCUUUGCUCUGUGGGUGAGAGUCAGGGAGCUGGGGAAAGACUCUGAGAGAGACGAGUUAGGACUGGCAGUGAAGCUCAAAGCAGAAUUAUCUUUACAAGGUCACAUUUUAACUUCUGUGUUAGUGUUGGGGUUUUUUUAUAGUAUGUUCUGCAUUUAUUACAUAAUCAUUGUGGGCUUAUUUUAGAUUUGCCAUCUGAACCAACUGACAAUUAAAAAAACAAUAAUAAUAAAUGUUAAAACACUGCCUUCCAUUUGUUUUGCUAGUUGUCGUCAUCUCCCUGUCCCUCCCUGUUUGCUGUCCAGCCCAUCUGUCAUUCACUGAUACCUGUCCCUUCCCCCUUUUCUAUUUUCAGCACACUUUUGACCUCAGCUAUUCUAAGAGUGUGACUCAGUUUCCCUGUUCAAGUUAGCUUGAUGGUUUAUUAUAAAAGGAGGGCGCCUAAGACAAUCAUCAGGUAAAAUUUAAAUAAAAGAUCAGUAGAAUAGAAAAUCUUCCAAGGGCAGGGGGAGUUCUUCCUUAGCAAUGAAUAAAAAAAAAAAAAAUCAACAGGAAAGGUAAA